AUGAGCACCAGCCCCACCCCGCGUUGGAAUAUCCUUUCGACCGUGGCCGCACCCAGCGCGACCGUGCCCGCGACCAGGAGACGGUCCGAGAUUGACGAGGCCGCAGACACAGCAGACAUUGAACGAGCGCGGAAGCGAAGCAAGAUGCGCCCGACCUCGCCAGACUCGGCGUCUACCUCGCCCCAGCCACGACCAGGACCGUCGACGCUCAAGGCCGUCGUAUCAAACGGACACUCGAACGGGGCCUCCUCCUCAAUAGAUAUCAAUGGCCACGCCGCUCCCCCAAUACCGGCCACCGUAUCCCUCCCGGGCACCACGCUCUACCCCGACAGCGACGUUGACCGAGAGCAGUUUGUGCGUCUCGUGAUCCAGACGUUGAGAGAUGUCGGAUACGGUGCGAGCGCGGCGACGCUGGAGCACGAGUCGGGGUACGCCAUGGAGACCGAUGCCGUCGCCGCCCUGCGCGCGCACGUCAUGGCCGGCGCUUGGGCGGACGCGCACGCCGCUCUCGACGGGCUCGGUCUCGCGCCCGAGGCGCUGCCGCCCGCACGUGGUCUGCUAGCCCAGCAGAAGUAUCUUGAGCUAUUAGAACAGAGCCGUACGACGGAGGCGCUCAGAGUACUCAGGGAUGAGCUCGCACCGCUGCAUCCGGACCCUCGCGCGCUUCAGCCGCUCAGCAGUCUCCUUAUGUGCACAGACCCCGCAGAUCUGCGCGCCCGCGCAGCAUGGGAUGGCGCAGCAGGCAGCUCACGAAGACAAUUACUUGUAGAUCUACAGCAUUGGAUACCCUCAUCACUCAUGAUCCCACCUCGCCGCUUCCCCGCACUUCUUGACCAGGCACUCGCACACCAACGUUCACAGUGCCUCUGGCAUAAUCUACCCGCAUCUCAGCAAUCCCUCUAUACAGACCACGCAUGCACUUCCGACGCGUUCCCACGACAUAAUACCUUCAGUCUCGAGACUCAUGCAGACGAAGUCUGGAACCUUGCCUGGAGCAAUGACGGCCGCAGACUUGCCACCGCAAGUCGUGACAAGAGCGUCAUCGUUUGGCGGAUCGAGAAACCUGCGCGUGAAGGGGAGGAGUGGACCGUCCGCGAGGAUCUUACACUCAAAGAUCAUCCGUAUGCGGUUAACUACGUUGCAUGGUCCCUCGACGACGAGGUACUGCUCACUUCGAGCGAGCAGAUCAUCAAGAUGUGGAAUACCAAGACUGGUAUCCUCAUACGCACCCUCGAUUCGCCACACACGGAGACGGUUUCCGCCCUCGCUUGGGUGCCCGAUGGGUCGGGCUUCGUCUCGGGCGCGCAGGACCGCCGGAUUGUUCUAUGGUCUGCCGAUGGUCAUGUACGCGAAGAUUGGGGACAUACCCCGAUACGCAUCUUUGACCUGGCACUCACACCCGACUUCACGCGCCUCGUUGCUAUCGGCGAAUCCGCCAUUCAGCCUCCGGUCGAGCGUGAUCCCAGUCUUGGUGCACGUCGUGACGGUAGCGCGACGCCGCCCGAACGCGGUGGAACACCGGAGCGCAGCGCAGGUUAUCAGAUCAUCGUUUAUAAUCUAGCGACGAAGACGCCUGAAUUCACCGCAACAUUGGAGAACCAGCUCACGUCUGUGUCCAUAUCCGCGGAUUCGCGGUACGCUCUCGUGAACCACGCGCCGGAUGCGUUGCUAUUAUGGGAUCUGCAUGCACAACGGCUAGUGCGUGCCUUUGCCGGGCAACGUCAACCUCGGCAUGUCAUUCGAAGUUGCUUCGGAGGUGUCGACGAAGCAUUCAUCGUCAGUGGGAGCGAAGAUGGACGUGUAUAUGUUUGGCACCGCGAACGAGGGGUACUUCUCGCCACGCUCGAGGCACAUGGGCCGGGGAGUGUCAACGCUGUACGAUGGAACCCAGUCGAUCCUUCGAUGUUCGCAUCUGCGAGUGACGAUCGUACUGUGCGGAUCUGGCAAGCGUUACCUUCCCUACCAUUACCUUCGUUAACCACGGAGGAUGGUGUUGGAGAGCUACGUAACGGUGGCCCGAGCGCUGAAGCGGAGGGCGGCAAAGGAAAGGGCAAAGGGAAGCGGAGAUGGGAUCAUGCGGUGCGCCCUUCAUGGGGUCCACAGGGCUCGGACAGGGAGAUUCUGAAGAGCAACAUGACUGACAGGCUCAUAUGCUCGGCUACUUAA